AUGCGGACGCGACGCAAGGUUCUUCAGGACAGGACUCCGGGGAAUACGCCACAAGCGCACAAGUCCAGUCGCGCCCACAUCGCGACUCCCACCUCGAAGCAGCGCAUACUUGGCAGUCCCAAGCGUCCGCCUCUUCCCGCGUUCACUGUAGAUGAUGGCUCGCAGACACUUCCAUCGUUCGGUGAGGGCCUUUCUCAUGGAUCUCUGUUGACUCUAGGCGCCAGGCUUGAGAACCUGGACCCUGCGGUGGACCUAUUGCGAAGUCCGUCUGCCAAACGCAAGACCGGUCGUGCAGCAGCCAGGUUACCUAUACAGUCUACUCCUCUGUCUUUCUACCGCAGACCUCAGAGAUCCGUGGGCAGUAUCCUUUCCAUCCGAAGUCCCUCUCGCGUGACCCAACCUACAAAACGUGCUAUGUCGCCACUUCCGCCGUCUUCUCCUCCCUCCGCUUCCUCUGUGGCGCCAUUGGGGUACGAGAAUGAAGAGAAUGAGGACAAGGAGAACGUUCAUGCGCCCAUUCCCGACAUUGCCGAGCAUCACAGUGCAGAGACGAAGCAAGAUAGUGACCCAUUCGGAUUUCUUGCGGUAGAGAGGAAGCUGAAGGCCGCGAGAGAUCGACAGCCGCAGCGGGGAGGUUUGAUGAAGAAUGCACGCAAGACGCGUUCUGUUCAACGUCGGGCACCGCUCGGGCAGCUCUCAAUUCCGGUGCCUGUCGCUCCACCGUCACCGCCUCCUCCCUUACCUACGCCACCACCUGCAGAGGACGCCGACGAUGACCACAACAUUGACGACCUCUAUUUAGACAGUCCACCUCCGCGUCGCCGUGCAGUAUUCGCAGAAAUCACAGGAGGACCUAUUUUUUCUGCUGCUGAUGUCGAGGCGGAGAUUGAGGAGGGUGGUGAAGACAGAGAGAACGCAUAUUUUCCCCAUCCUACGAUGCCCGAUUUUUCGCCUUCGGUUGCCGAAAAUGAUGAGGACAAGGAGAAUGCGCCUGCUCGUCUUCCUGCGCUGGUCGAUUAUGCAUCUCCAGACGUCGAGGAAGAGGACGACGACAAGGAGAAUGCUCCUGUCCGUCUCCCGCCGAUGGUCGAUUUCGCGUCUCCAGACGUUGAGAAUGACGAAGACAAGGAGAAUGCCCCUGCUCGUCUUCCAGCCAUGGCCGACUAUUCAGACGUCGAGGAUGGCGACGAAGACAAGGAGAAUGUCCCUGUCCGUAUUCCGGCGAUGGUUGAUACCAUACCUCCUGAUGCCGAGGAUGACGAUGGCGACGAUGAUGAUCAGGAGAACGUUAUAAUCGUCCCUGCUAUUAUCCCGCAGGAGGCGCUUCUGGCUGCUACCAGCUCGUCGUCUUCCCGGGAUGACCCCCUCCGGACACCGCACAAACCGCGCAAGCGCUCCCCCCUUCCUACUCCAUCUUUCUCAUUGUCUAGCUCCGCUGUUUCGUCCCCCGUCGAGGAGCACGUUCGCGCGCAGAGUCUUAGUCGCAGUCUCGCGGUCGGCGCUCUGUCCUCGCUGUCUCCCGUCAAGCCUUUGUCUGCCUAUCGUCCACGCCCGAGCGUUGCACCGCAUCCGGCACCCCACGAUGUCGACAUCUCCGUGCAGACUGCCAGUGAAGACGAAGGCAAGAAGUCGGAACCGCAGGCAACGACGGGCAAGAGGAAGCGUACAAAGGCAGAUGAAGGGAAGAGCGAUACGGAGGAGGAUCCGAUGGUCGUCUCCCGGAAUUUGGAGAAGCUGCUACCGCGGAGGCCGACUAAGCUACCCGCUCGUGGAUCCGGGCCAUCUACACGUGGACGCGGGAGAGGGAGACGUGGUGCGAAGGGCAAGGGGAGGGCUGUGGAGAGUGCAAGUGAGAGCGAGAGCGAGACGGAGAGCGAGGAGGAAGAGGUGGCCACUAGGAAGACGCGCGGUGCGGGCAGAGGGCGCGGUGCAACUAGGAGCAGAGGCAGAGGCAGAGGACGGGGUAGAGGAAGGGGAAGAGGCAGGGGAAAGAGUGUUGCGCCGAGCGAUCGGGUAACUCGAGCGUCUACUGCCAAAGGUAAGGGGAAGGUAAGGGCUCCUGCUGAUGAGGACGUGGAUGUGGACGAGGAACGAGCUCGUGAACGGCAGGCCCGUAUCGAGUACUUCCGCAAGCUGGACGAGUACAGCAUCGAGAAGGAAGACGUGUACGUUGUCUAA